AGUUCCGGAUCACUCUCUCGGCUGCCACUGGUCCGCUCCCCGCGUCUGCGGCUUCCACUCUCCGCUCUUCGCUCCUCCUCCCGCCAAGAUAUUUCCGGAGAAUUUGAGAGCCCCCUCCUGGUCAUGUCGCUGCUCGCCGUCGCCUCCUCCACCCGCGCCGCGGCAGUGCGGCCGCUGUGCGCCUCGGCGGCCUCGGACGAGGCGGUGCCGGCGCCUGCUGUGGCGGAUACCGCAGGGCGGAGGCCGGUGAAGGUGAUCCUACCAAAGAAGAAACCGCAGAAGUGGUCGACGGGGAUGGCACCGGGUGAGUACGGCGGUGGGCCGGCCACCAUCAAGCCGCGCAAGUACUGGUGGGGGAAGGAGGACCGCGACCCCGUGGGGAACACCGACGACUUCAUCUGGAACAAGGACUUCCUCCCCCACAUGGAACGCGUCAUCGCCAACGGCGGCGCCGAUGCAGAACCCACCAUCACCCGCCUUGCGCCGGUGGAUGAGGAGGGGGAGUCCGGGUUUCUGAGCAUCAACCGCGCAAUGAGCCUUGACAGCGUGGAGGUUGAUCUGAGCCAGGAGCUUCAGGCGCCGACCAGGCCAAUCUUGCAAACCCAGGUUGAGGCUGCCUGGAGAGGACGGGCAAUUGGUGCUGAGGCUGUGAAUGGAGCCAGCGCUCCUAGAUGGAGGCUAGUCCCUACUCGCAGGGAGCAGGCAAAGUGGGACAGAGCGGCCAAGGCAGCCACUGGUGGAAGUGAUGUUAUACUAAGGGAGUCAAAGUCAAGAGUGCAGCAAGGAGACCCUAAGGUAUUGGCAGCUCGGUCCAGAGAAGACUACUUACAGCUGAAACAAAGAUUACAGUGGUUCACUUUAGGCAUUGGUGGCGUUGGUGUAAUCUCUGCUUAUAUUUCAUACACUCCUGAAAUUGCUGUCAGCUUUGGUGCAGGGUUGAUUGGAUCAUUGGUGUAUCUCCGCAUGCUUGGAACCAGUAUAGAUUCCCUAGCAGGUGGAACUGGAGAAACUGUCAAGAGUGCUGCUGCACAACCAAGGUUGCUUAUUCCAGUGGUACUUGUGAUGAUGUAUAACAGAUGGAAUCAGAUAUUAGUUCCGGAUUAUGGUUUCAUGCAGCUUGAGUUAAUACCAAUGCUUGUUGGGUUUUUUACCUAUAAGAUUGCUACAUUCGCUCAAGCAAUCCAGGAUUCUAUACCUCCAGUCGGAAAUCGUGAAGGUUGAAAAGUGUCAUGUUGUAUAUAAACGAAGGUGGUAGCCAUGGUCCCUGGUCAGUGGUCACCCAGAUAGUAAGGUAUGUAUAGAAGAAUCUGGUCUGGUGUCAUCGCCAAGUAGAUGAGAUGCUCGUUGAGGACGCCAUUUGAAAAUCUCGAGUGCUUAACUAUGUUCUGCACAAAUAUUUUGACGAAAGGUGAUGUUACCACAUUCAUUCCAUAUUACACGCAGAUCAUCAGUGUAUAAAUUUACGGCUCCGAACUUUUACCACAACGAUUAAUUGACAAAACAAUUGUAUGAUUGAAUUCACAUUUAGCACUGGAUGCAAAUUAUGCAGUCUGCAAGUACACUCAUUUAAAGC